CCCACAAAUUCUUCUUGUCUGGUUAAUAUAUAUACAUAUACAUAUACAUAUAUUGAAGUAAUUAAUUAGGUUAUGUAAUUAUCCAAUAAGUCCUGUUUUUCUCUCUUGUUAAUUGCUGUCAUAUAUAUAUAUACAUAUUGGCAGCUGGGUUUCAUGGAGAUUUUUCAUCACAAUUAUUCUACAGCUAGUUUGGAGUUGAGCAUAGCCGUGCCGGGCUUUUCUUCUUCUCCAUCUUCUGGGGAAAGCUGUGGUGGUGCAAUGAAAGAGCUGGACAUAAAUCAAGUACCUUCACCGAUAGAAGAAGAAGAAUGCAUGGAAGAAGAAGAAGAAGAUAAUGACAGUCCGAACAAUAAUGGCAUCGGGGCGGCCUCGGCCCCUAGGAAGAAACUCCGUCUUACCAAAGAGCAGUCUCGUCUUCUUGAACAAACCUUCUUACAGAAUCAUACUUUAAACCCUAAAGAGAAGGAUGCUUUGGCAGCGGAACUGAAAUUGAAGGCAAGGCAAGUGGAGGUGUGGUUUCAAAAUCGUCGAGCCAGGAGCAAGAUGAAGCAAACAGAAAUGGAGUGUGAGUACCUGAAGAGAUGGUUUGCAACACUCAUAGAACAAAACAGGAGGCUGCAAAAGGAAGUGGAGGAGCUGAGGGCCAUGAAGGUGGCGCCUCCACACUGCCGCCAGCCACUGCCACACACUAUGUGUCCGUGCUGUGACCGUGUCAUCACGACUACUACUACUCUCCUGGAAAAGGGCCCUGCCAGCGGCGCCUCCGCAGCCACUACCACCUCCACCAUUUCUUCAGCCCCCAUAACCCGCCCCUAUUAAUUUCUAAUGGUGCAGUAAAUUAACUAAUGAUAGAAGACAGGCAGGCAUACCGCAUACAUAUGUUGUUUAAAGUAGUGUUGUUCAUCAUGUAUAUUGUAUAGGCCUCCCCCUCCUAAUUGAUCAUGUCAAUAACUGUAUUAACAGGGUAAUUAAGUAAAUGAACACAAAUUAAGGUAGAGUAAUGUCCUAGUCUAAUCAAACUGAAAUAUACAAGUUGUAUUUACUAUUUCCUGCAGUAUAGUUCUAUUAAUCGUCAUUAAUC